AUGGCAGAAAAGGAGAAGGUGUAUCGCAGUGUCUCUUUCAACAAUGUCACCAAGAUCAGAGAGCUUUUUGAUGCAGAGGAUUUAAAAUCUGCUGACCACCUCCAGCACUCCGCCAGCUCUAAAGACAACUCUUUAGCAGACAUAAGCGACAGGCAGUCUCCCAACAGCCCAGCACCUGAAGCCACUAGCCUCUCACUGCCAGACAGACACCUCAGCAGGGCUGCGUCCCUGGGCAGAGAGAGGAGACACCAGGGCAUGGACACAGCCUUUCACCCUGACCAGCACUACUCAGACGAGGCAGAGAUUGAGCCAGCCAGCACUAUUAUUAGUAGAAGUGGUAGGUUUUUUAGCGUGGCCCAGGCAUCAAACACGCACAGAGCCCACAGCCCCAGCAGUGGAGGAGAGGGGCCUGAGACCUGGACUUCUAGUCUGAACUCUGACCCUCCACCCUCUGACCUCGCCGCUGCACCCGCUCCCCCACCUCGGAGCAACUCCGUGGGCCUCUCCUCCUCCCGUGUCCGCCCCGCUGGAGAGCAGAGGCAGAGCCAGGGGGCCAGGCAGCCCAGGGACAGUUUACAUUCCUCACAUAGCUCCUCCAGACCGGUGGCCCCCUCCUCUGAUAGAGCUUCAGCCAGGGCAGCCAUCACAGCCCGCUGGAGGUUCAGCUCAGGAGACGAAGAAGAGGAGUACCACCGAGCAGGAGGAAGGAGCGCUCGCUCGUUAGGUGUCAGCGGAGGUUACCUCUCCCGCGGUAAGAAUGGCUGGUGGGGUGGUAAGGUCCUUGGCAGGUCUUCAGGCAGUGAGGAGGACAACCCUGCUUCACUAGGACCCAGCCGAGACACCGUGAGACGCCGCUCACUGAGAAAAAAGAAGAACAGCGAGGUUGCCGUAGCAACGGGGAGAGACGAUGGCGAAUCAGACGACAGUGACGACGAGCAGAUGGGUAUGAUGGAACACCUUGAGAGACACCAACAGAACAUCACCCCAGAACAGACUGGGAGCUCCCGGAACCGGCUCAGAGAACCCAAAGCCUCUAGCACCUGUGCAGCACAGUGGGGACGCAAUUCCACUCCUAACCAGAUGGGCGCUCAGGGGAGCUACAGACGUAAAUACACAUCAGGCGGGGCGGGGACAUCUCGCAUGACCACACCCCUCCCAGGGGUGUCGCGGGUGUCAAAGGUCAACAUCUCGUCAUUUAUUUCGAGUCCCGGCGGCUCGCAGACCAGCAGUAGAUACUGUAGCACAGAGACACUGAAAGAAGAGGACCAAGCUAGCUAUGCUAACAGAAAGGUGAACUGUAAUGCUACUACCCCAGGCAGUGUGGUUGGUGCAUCCUCUUCCAUGCUCAGUAAGACCUACCACGGUAACUUCACCAUGUACCGCUCCCCCAGCUUCGGACACGGGGAUAACUUUUCCCACGCCCCUGUUAAAGGCCAACCCCACAUUCUUCCCCCUGUCAAUCCCCCAUCCCCAGCCACAGGGGACACUGGAGGGGUUGCUAGGGAGGAGACUACAGUGUUCCGUCGGUUGCUAAGUGGUGGCGUAGUCGGGGAUAAGAACAGGAACAGGAUGUCAAUGUCAAACCCGGACAUCGCCUCGGAAACAAUGUCUCUCCUCAGCUUCCUGAAAAGUGACCUAUCAGAUCUCAGAGUUCGAAAGACGGACAGGUCAGGGGUUACUGAGGGGUCAUCUACGGUGUACAGGAUGGGGUCAAGAGGCCUCUACCCAGGACUCCGCCCUUCAUUAAAGGACCUCACUGCAACUCUCAGACGUGCCAAAUCCUUCACUUACUCUGAUAAACCAGUAGGGAGGCAACAUCCAGCCGAGUCCUCGGCCAAAAGAAGCUCUUCUGAGCAACGUCUGGAUCAAGACGAAGAGAAGGAUGGAGGAAGGGGGGCAGUGCCUGACAGAGAGGUGGAGAGUGAUGGAGGAGACUGCAGAGCAGGGGGUUAUGGGUAUGAGGAUGUGAUGCCCACUCCGCUGCAGGACCGGUAUGUCCAGGAGGCCAGGCAGGUAAUCAGAGAUAUCUGCCAGAUGAGCGCUCGCGAGGAUGUUGACGAUGAUGAUGAUGAUGUGCUAGCGACAGAUGGCACUGAAGACGAGGGUUUCAAAAGAAAACAAGUGGAGGAGCAGGAGAUAAAAUAUAGCGAGGGAGGUGAAUUAAAAGAUGAGAGAAGAACUAGAGAGGCUGAGGUUGCCGUUUCAGGGGAAAAAGAGGGGAAGGAGGGGAGAGCUAGAGAGGCUGAGGUUGACAUUGGGGCAGCCUCCGUUUCAGGGGAACAAGAGAAGAGGGAGGGGAGAGCUAGAGAGGCUGAGGUUGACAUUGGGGCAGCCUCCGUUUCAGGGGAACAAGAGAAGAGGGAGGGGAGAGCUAGAGAGGCUGAGGUUGACAUUGGGGCAGCCUCCGUUUCAGGGGAACAAGAGAAGAGGGAGGGGAGAGCUAGAGAGGCUGAGGUUGACAUUGGGGCAGCCUCCGUUUCAGGGGAAAAAGAGGGGAGGGAGGGGAGAGCUAGAGAGGCUGAGGUUGACAUUGGGGCAGCCUCCGUUUCAGGGGAACAAGAGAAGAGGGAGGGGGAAUGUGAAAACAGGGAAAAAGAGAAGUGCCAACAGAAGGGAGAUUCUGAGGAGAACGUGUUUUAUGACCGAUCUGUUGAUGAGCUAUCGGGUCACGAGUCGAGCCUCACUGAUGAGGGCAUAGUCACAGAACCAGAGACUGGACUGGGUGACCCUGAGAGGUUAUUUGUCAGGUCAAGUUUAGGAUCAUCGUUGGCCAGAGAUGUGCUGGGUCAACCCCUGACCAUCUGGAAGCAGUCUGCUCUGCAUGAGGAGGAAUGGCCAGGGUUAAACGAGGGAAUGAGAGAGGGAUCAGGGUUACACGCAGGAGCGAGAGAGAAACGAGAGAACCCUGUCUCUGUUCCUGCCCUUGGGGUUGAGAGUGAGAGCAUUGCUGUAGUAACAGAGAUGAUCGGUGUCAAUAACAACAACAGUACUAGCGGGAGGGCCAAUGUAUCCCAGAGUGCCUCAGUCCCAGGACUUGAGGCUCCUCCCACUCCGAGCGCUAUCCGCCGCCGCCGUAAGUUCUCCUCAACCGGGAAUACGGGCUCUGACUCCAGUAACGGCAGCAACGGGGAGUCCAACGGGAACGGGGAUCCUACUGUUUACCGUUCACUAAGCGACCCCAUGCCUCACCGGUGCCACUCUGUGUCAGAAGAAGGGAAUAACAGUUUCUCUGUGGAUAGUAACCUGCUGGGGUCUCUCUCUCUCUCCUCCAAGGGGGCAGGAGGAGUCAGAGAUGGAAGUGUCCCAGAGUCGUCCUCUGCAGCUGAUCUAUCAGAGUGCACGGGCAGCGUGGCCAGCGACCUAUCGCUGUGCAGUGAUGGUGGUCUCCGUGACGACUACAGCAAUGUGAUCCGGAACAUUGUUGCGGAGCCAGGAGCGAUGGACAGACUGAUGACGGAUGACAAGAACAACGGGAAAGCCACGAAGAAGAAGUCCUUCUCUGACCCCAGUCGCCGUGGUGACGGCCCCCUGCUUGAUGAACCAGGGUUCAAAAGUCACCAUCACCCUAAAGAACCAGUCAGUGAGCUGGAUCAGCCUGUUCAGAUCCCGCCCUCCAGCAGUGAGCCAAUCCUGAGUGAGCAGAGAGAUGAGCUGUGGGAGCUCGGAGAUGAAUGUGGACGCCCAUUACUUAGUCGUCAUGGCAACAAUGAAGGUGGGAAAUUCCGCUCCCAAUCAGAAAGGGAGGUGCACUCCUGUCUCCAUGGUGAUGACACAGACGGAGUGGGAGGAGGGGAGAUAUUGAACUCUGACCUCAAAUUAGCGGAGGUUGUGUCUCCCGGAAUGGGCCGGCGGACCUACAGGAAACGCCCCAACUGGGUCACCCAAUCAGCAUCAGAGGAGCCGGACCACUCGAAACCAGGUUCAGAGGACCAGGAUCAAGACCAGACUGAUCUCACUCCCCCAUUGCCCCCCCCCAGACCCAAAACUAGGUCCAAGCACGUCCGCCACGCCAGCGAACCUGCCACCUUCAUCCCCAUCUUCCCACCUCCACAGCCCCAGCGAGCCCAGGGGAAUCCGCCUUCCCUACUACCCGCCUGUGAACCCUCCAUCCUGGGUAAGCCCACCAGUGAGGAGGCCCCCUCCCUGGAAGAUGUGACCAAGCGGUAUAUUCUGGCCCUGAAUGCUCCAGGGGGCGAGAGCGAGCCGUCUGGUUCUGAGUCUGGGUCUAGAGGAACGGUGCCUGUACCAGACGGGUUCAACUCCAGCCCUGCUACUCCCAGUGGUGCCAGAGAACCCAGACUGCAGAGGAAGAGCAGUGAAGAGCUGACCCCACCAGCCCCACAGAGAGCCAAACCCAGAGUGUUCUCCAAAGAGAUUCUUGCUAAUAUUUAUUCAGCAUACAUCGAUAACUUUCUGAACGCCAAAGACGCAGUGAGGAUCGCAAAGGAGGCCAAGCCGGCAUUCCUCAAGUUCCUGGAGACCAGUAUGCGUGAGAACAAGGAGAAGCAGGCCCUGGGUGAUCUGAUGAUCAAGCCUGUCCAGAGGAUCCCCCGUUAUGAGCUGCUGGUCAAGGAUCUGUUGAAGCACACUCCUGAGGAACAUCCAGACCACCCGUUGCUAUUGGACGCCCAGAGAGACAUCAAGCGAUUGGCUGAGAAGAUCAAUAAGGGUCGUCGCUCUGCGGAGGAGGUGGAGAGAGAGACACGCGUCAUGCAGGAGAUAGAAGCCCACAUCGAGGGAGUAGAACACGUCAGAGAUAUCCUUAACCCAAUGAGGAAGUUCCUGAGACAGGAGAUGGUGAUGGAGGCGAAGACCGUGGGGGGUAAGAAGGACCGCUCUCUCUUCCUCUUCAGUGAUCUGCUCAUCUGCACCACCCUCAAGAGGAAGUCUGGAUCCCUGAGACGCAGCUCCAUGAGCCUGUACUCUGUUGCCAGUGUGAUCGAUACUUCCAGUAAAUAUAAAUUCCUGUGGAAACUUCCCCUAGAGGACGUGGAGAUGGUGAAAAGCCCCUCCCAGGCAACCAACAAAGAGACCAUCCAGAAGAUGAUUGGUCGACUGGAUGAGGACCUGAGUACACUGGGACAGAUCAGCAAACUAUCAGAGACUCUCAGCUUCCCUCACCAGUCUCUGGAUGAUGUGAUAAAGGACCUGAUGGUGUCGGUCCACAGGGAGCUUGCAGAGAAACAGUCUCUAGCCUUCAGUAUGACCUUCCUGCCCACCAAGCUGGAGCUGACCACCGCCUCGGCAGAAACCAGCUUCGUGUUCGAGUUCAGUUCCCCAGACACACGCAGCAACUUUCAACAGGCCUUCGAAGAUGCCAAGAAGAAACUGGCAAUGAAUAAGGACCAGUGGGACCCAGAGUUCCUGAAGGCUAUCCCCAUUAUGAAGACUCGUAGUGGGAUGCAGUUCUCCUGUGCCUCCCCCAGCCACAGUUGUCCAGAGAGCAGCAGUGAGGUGUGGGUGUGUAACAGUGAUGGUUACGUGGGCCAGGUGUGUCUGCUCAACAUCAGAGACCAGCCCACUGUAGAGGCCUGUAUCGCUGUCUGCUCUGCCAGGAUCAUCUGCAUUGCCGCGGUCCCUGGACUCAAGGGGAGGGAACGUGGAGUGGAGCACUCCCCAGCCCCUCCCCCUGUAGCUGUUGACUCCACCCCAUCCCGGCAGCAGCAGCUACACAUCUCCAUCUCUCAUUCGUCGCUGGAGCUGACCGAGCCCCCUUCAGGGGCGGGGCCAGAGUUAGUUCCAUUUGAUAGUGAUGACACGGACGAUGAAGAUUCUCCUAGCCCCUCCUCCACACUGCAGAGCCAAGCCAGUCACUCUACAGUGUCGUCCAGCUAUGGCAAUGAGGAGGGGUCAGGUUCUAAGGACAUGGCUACAGAGACCACCAGUAGUGAGGAGGAGCAGGACUACCCGGUGGCCAGUCCUUAUGGAGCUCCAGGCAGGCCAGGGGUGGGUGGAAGAGGUCGACCCCACAGCGAGAGCCCCAUGGACGGGAGAGCGAUGCGCCGCUCCUCCCGGGGAUCCUUCACUAGAGCCAGUCUGGAGGAUCUGCUCAGCAUUGACCCGGAGGCUUACCAGAGCUCUGUGUGGCUGGGCACAGAGGACGGAUGUAUCCACGUGUACCAGUCAUCAGACAACAUCCGUAACCGUAAGAACAGCAUGAAGAUGCAGCAUUCUGCCCCCAUCCUGUGUGUUCUCUACCUGGACAACAAGGUGUUUGUGUCCCUGGCCAACGGAGAUGUGAUCGUCUACCAGAGGGAGGUGGGGAGUUUCUGGGACGCCCAGUCAUCUCAGGCGUUGAGUCUGGGCACGCCCAGUAGUCCUGUCACUAAGAUGGUCCCGGUCGGAGGGAAGCUGUGGUGUGGUUCACAGAACCGCGUUCUCAUCAUCAACACAACCACACUGGUGCAAGAGCACUGGUUCCAGGUGGGCACAGACAGCAGUAGGUGUGUUACCUGCAUGGUGAGCUACGGCCAGGGGGUGUGGCUGGCGCUCCAGGGUAGUGCCCAGAUUAGACUUUACCACGCCCAGACCUGGGACAGCCUGACAGAGGUGGACGUGGCCCCCGCCGUGCACAAGAUGCUUGCAGGUUCAGAUGCGAUCAUCCGGCAACACAAGGCAGCGUGUCUGAGGAUCACAGCUCUCCUGGCCUGUAAGGACCUGCUGUGGAUCGGGACCAGUGCAGGGGUGGUCCUGACCCUGUCUAUCCCAGCCGUCAGCUCUGGGACAGUGUCAGGGACGCUGCGGUCACCUCUGACCCCCAUGGGCUCUGCUCACGGACACACUGGCCAUGUGAGGUUCCUCACCUCCAUAGAACUACCUGAAGGCUUCGACGUCAACUUCCCCCUGCCCGCCGAUACCACAGGCAACCCAGCCCAGAGUGGUGUUGAAGGGGGUAAUGGGGGUCUGCAGAGGCGAGACUCUGCUCGCCGUCGAGCCUCCGCCCUCCUGCCCGUUAAAACCAAUCAGUUGGUGAUCUCCGGUGGCGACGGCUAUGAGGACUUCCGGCUGACCAAUAGCAGUGAGACAGUGGGGCGGGACGACAGUACCAACCACUUACUGCUGUGGAGGGUCUGAGGAAAUCAGGCGGCCCCAUUUAUCAAAACCCACCACUUCAGCACCAGCAACAUACUGCCCUGGAGGAUGUGAGGCUAAGCCCCUUGCCCCGGGUCUGAGCCAAUGAGAGUCCCCCGACCCAUUUAAAACCCACCCUUAGCAAAAACCACACAUAAACCCGGCCCCUCCUCCUCAAACCCCGCCCCCGUUUUUAUGAGAGAGAGAGGGAGAGAGGGAGGGAGAGAGAGAGAGAGAGAGAGAGAGCGAAAGGGUACUGAUGGGAAGAAGAUUGUGAAUUCUGCAACAAGCCAAAUGAUGGACUGAGGGAAGUAAAAAUGGAACAAGGCCAUCCUAACACUCCAUCCUAGGGAGGAGACAUGAAUGGAACAAGGAGUGAACACUAAACGUCUCUGUUCUCUGAACAAGGAAACUAAAGAGUAAACAUUAUAAAAGUAACCAAUGUGCAAUAUAUGGCAAGGGUACCUACUAAGACUAUAUAAACAUACACACACACACACUUUCUUCACUCGUUUGAUAAAACACAGCUCGUCUCUCCAUAGCCUAUGACAAACAUACACACACACCUCGUUCUCACACCUAAAUCACUAUUGUGUUUAUAAUUUUAAAUAUUUUUUGUUCUAUUUAAAGAGAAACAACAUCCCGCUACCGCAGUGAAGUGUGUUUUAAAGCAUUUGUUUUAGGGGGCUGUAGUAGAAGAAAUAUGUUUGUACAGUAUUUAUGUUUUUGAUUUCAUCUUUGUUUUUUUACAGCACUUAAUUUAUAGAUGUGUUUUCCUCUCUUUCUUUGCCCCGAAGAGAUGAUUUACAGGAGCUCUGACACACACACACACACACACACACACACACACACACACACACACACACACACACACACACACACACACACACACACACACACACACACACACACUCAGCAUACAUAGCAACACACACAAACAAACCAGUGCCCUCAGGUUCAGGGUCAAGAUAGUGUUUAAUCUCUCCAAGCCAAGAAAACUCCCCGACAAACCAUCUGGGGACAUCACCUUCAACCAUUCCAAACAAAUGUAUCAGCAUUAGGCUAAUUCCCCCAUUGUGAGCCAAUGAAGAGGCUAACGGAUAAUCGGGCGCGACAGGUAGCCUAGCGGUUAAGAGACAGGUAGCCUAGCGGUUAAGAGACAGGUAGCCUAGCGGUUAAGAGACAGGUAGC